AUGCCUAGAAAUCUCCUCUCAGAUUCUCCUGAAAUGGCAUCCGAAACCUCUCCAAAGCACGCCCUUGGGAGCAUGGAGAGGGGUGGCAAUGUGGAGAACCGUGGCAGCCAAGUGAAGUGCAGAAAUCUUGCCUUGGAUGAUGAGAGUCUGAAACACUUAACUCACGAAGAGCAGGAUGUCCUCAUGUUCUUUGAGGAAACCAUAGAUGCCUUAGAAGAUGACUUGGAGGAGCCUGUCCUGCGCGACAGUGGCAUCCACUGUCAGUCUCCGAGGUCAACGGAAGAAAACGUGUCCAGCCAUUCGGAGACUGAGGAUAUCAUCGACUUGGUACAGUCAACACCCGAGAGCAGCGACCAGGAAGGUCCUCCCAGCAGAGAUGCAGAACCAGUGUUGGAUGCUGCCUGGAGAACUGAGAGCCCGAAGCCAGCUGUACCUGCUGACAUCCCCCCGCAUCCACCUGUACCACCACCAUCAAUACCUGAGACACCGCCUCUUCCUCCUCCACCUCCUCCUCCAGCGCAGCAUCCGAAAUUGCUUCGCUCUGUCCCCACUCCGCUCAUCGUGGCCCAGAAGAUAUCUGAGCAGCAGAUGGAGAGCAGGGUGCGCUUCCCCAGUGCCCUCAAGGAAGGGAGUCUGGACAGGAAGAAAACCCCAGUAGCCAACGGUGAUCAUUUUGUGGUUCCAAAGCACCCGCCUGCACCUGCACCCAAACUGCACCGGUUCCCGAGCAACAUCAACAUCACAAAUGUCAGCGGCAGAGAAUUCAGUGAGACCAUUUCCAAAGCAGCCGUUAAUGUCCAGGAGCGGAGAGCUCAGGUGCUGGCCAACAUCAGCGGAGGAGCUUUGCUGGCAGCUGAGCUGGAGGAGAAGCUGCAGAAAAACGAUUUCUUGUCACGUAACAGAAGCUCUUCCUUACGGGAUCUCUCCUCUGAGCAAACGCGAUACGAGGCUCUGGCAAAGCUUGGCCUCAUUAAAGGGAAGGCAGCUCAGGACCAAGUGGAUCAUGCCCCAAGCACUCAACAGCUCGGUGUGCAGCCCAAACAGGCAGACGCUGUUCCCAAUGGAUACCAAAACAUCCAUGAGAUGUUAAAAAGUGAGCCCAGCCCUUUCCUUCCUACGGGCAAAACUGUAACAAUCAAACCAGAGGUCUCUCUUGCUGCUAACAAGGUCAGCAAUGCACAGCAGAACACGGCAAAGAGUUUUAAUGAUUGUAAACAACCUACGCUAAACCUGGACAUGAGGAGGAGGGCAGGUUCGCUGCCCAGACCCUCGGGAUUUCGGUCCCAAGGGAUAACGGUGAAGUUUUCUGGCCGUGGCUCAACAGAAGAAGCAAGGAGAGAGGCACUUCGGAAACUGGGACUGCUCAAAGAGACCGCGUAA